CUCAGACUUACCGAAAUAAACCUCGCAGUGAUACCGGUACCAAGUCGUACCAAGAAAAUCGAAUUCAUCGAAGGGGCACGCUAAUAUCAUUAAAAUGUCGGUCUCUGUAAUACCAUUAUGUCUCCAAGCAGCCGUUUUCGCCAUGGUCUGUGCCAUUAAGCCUUUGCAGAAUGCGCUGUUAAGUAGAAGGAUUCCUGACAUAUAUCUUAAUACAUUUGUCAACGGAGAAGACAAGAUGAACCAUAUACAAGCUUUUUGGAAUAUUUUCGACGUUCCUGAUACAGACAGUUUGAUUACGGGGAACACGUUCGAAUUCCUUCACAAUUCGGGCAAUUCAUAUGACUACUGCGUAGCGUUGCGGGGGAUCUCGCACGAACGCAAUGUGUUCAAGCAGUGCAUUCCGUUCAAGCUGAAUGAAAAGGUCACCGUUAACAUCGACGGCAAGACUCUGCAAGUGAUGUUUAAUCUUGUAAACAACACCAUACAUGCCGCAAUACGGCGUCACUCCAACUGCAGCGCUACGGAAACAACUAUUUUGUUCAACCCUCACGCAGAAGGAUUAGAAGUUAAUUUCAACGGGCAGACAAAAUCGUUGUAUCGGGCAUCCUUGAAGUGGUACAUGUUGGGUGCCUUCCAAGUUGAUCUUGCUAACUCCAUUCUGGACAAAAGCGAUAGUGUCAAUCGCAGUUUGAAUGGAACGCUGCCACUAAUUUCUAGCCAGUUUAGUAUCGACUUGUCGCAAAAGUGGUAUCACGAACCCCACGAGUACGCGGCAAUUUAUGGGCAAGGUUCAGCCGGUUUCACUUAUUUCGAAUGUGCCCUGCAUCCUAACGGAUCUGUCUAUGAAUCCAUGAGAAGGAAUUUUUCAUCUGCUCUGAAGCAAUCUACGCCGUUCUCGACCGUUCUUCAGUGGGAUACAUCGUUGCCUAUUACGUCGUACGAGUAUACAACGAAAUUCGAAUGGAAUACUGUUACUGAGAAUAUGACUACCAACAACGACUCCAUAAUUCUAACAUACAGACGCACUGUACCCUGGUCCUAUCACGGAACAUACGAAGAGAUACGAACAUUCACGAACAUGUCCGUGACCCCCUUCGAAGAUUUCACCUUUUUCGAAACGGAUAUGAUCAAUUCCUCAAAUUGCAACGUCACAAAAAAGAAACUGCGGAUUUUCCAAGAUUCAAACGGCGGUCGGGAUGUUAUUCUGGAAGACCACGGUUGUCGUACCACUUCCUACCGGAUUAGGAUCAAUGAAGUUGUCGAACAGCACUUGACCUCGACAGCGCGCUACCGCUUGCUGGCUGCAGCGGAAAUGGGUACAGGUGGAGAUCUGGUGAUCAGGCUUACGGUUUAUAACCGGCACAAGAAUGGCUCUGAUGGCGCACUGAAACGGAAUACGACCAUUGACCUGUCAUGGAAUUACUCCACGGAUUCACUUCCACGACUGGAUGUGGUUUAUACCGAUGAGCUGUUAAUGUUUGGCUUGCCAUACAACAACCAAUGGACCACUCAGUUCCAACGCAUUAUUUCUCCUCUGGUUUUACGCAAUUUCACCUAUCGCAGUAAUGACAGCCAGCCGGCGCGGUACACCAGUCUUGCGAUCCAGCAAGUCAGCGAAUAUCAGUUCCGCUUGUCCGUGGCAACGCGCUUCGGUCCGAAUUCGCUAACAUUUACUUUUAACCGUCCAGACAAGUUAUCCCAACCGUAUUCGGAUACGGAGACGAUCGUCGAAUACGUGGAAAUAUAUGGAAAAAUAAUGCUGACUGCGUCCCAUUUUCCACAAAUCAAUGAAAAUGACCCGCUCUCAGGCUAUAAAAUCGAGAAAGCGGAAGUAAUGAUAAUCAAGAAUGAAGGGGUGGAUAUGUAUCGCUGCCAAAGAACUUGCGAGUUUUCCGGAUUUCUUGCUGCCGAUUGAAGCCAGUGUUGCACAGGGUCUUUAUCUAUUAAUGUCACACUGCAUCUAACUGUUCAACUAAUUCUUUAAAUGUUGCUUUCUGAUAAUAUACAUACCUUACAAUUUACAAACAAUGAGUUACACGUCUCGGAAUACACAGUGUCUUUGGACACUGUA